CGCGGAUUCUAACCCCUCUGAUCAUCGGCUGUAUGGGGUCGCAUCUGUCAAUUUUUCAAGUCUAGUUUCUUGUUUAGUGUCGCUGUGUUUAUUAGUUAUUAGUUUUAGUUUGCAUUUCUGAUCGAUACCUUCUAAUGCGAAUAUUCCGCGCAGUGUAAACAGUGAUAAAUCGCAGCGAAAUCCGAUAAAAACCAUGAAGGAAUCGUGAGUAUAAUAUGCGAAACGGUGGUAACCGGAAAAGUAAAGUAAAACACCGGCCAGUAAAUCGAUCGUACAGCCUCCUAUGAAAAUGUGCGAAUUUUAUGUUAGUUAAUGAAAUUAUACUCCUAUUAAAUAAGUGAAACAGUGAUAUAAAAAAAUUUUGUGAUAUGUGCUACUUAACAACCUGCAAACAUAAACUCUAAUGCGAUAAUUCAACUGUAAAUAUACACCAAAAAUCGAUACACCAAACCAGCCAAAAACCGACGAAAAAUCAUUUAAAUCCUUCAUUCAAAAAAAUGAAAUCCUUCGAUUGCGAAUCGUCCUCGGAAGGCGACGAACCCACCAUGCACGCCAUCGCACGGGGGGCGGUCGAACCGCCGCAGUGGCUGCGAGCGGGCGGCCCCAACUGGGGCUGGCAAGCGGCGGGCGGUCCGAGUUCGUCGCAUCCGGCGGCCUCCUCGGCGUUGGACCCGGCGGGGUUCCCGCAAUUUCCGGCGAACGCGGAGGAGAACCAGCAGGUGCCCGGCAGGCGGACGCCGCUCAGCGCCGUCGGCCUCAGCGGAUUCUACUUCCAGGGCGGCCAGUCCAAUCCGAACAUCGUCGGCCACGGGCCCCCGUCCGACGAGAACAACCCCGAUCCCGGCUGUUCCGGCCAGAGCGCCAGAGCGCAGGAAUCGCGAUUGCAGAAUCCCCAGAACCCGGGGUCGAGCAAAGGGAAGAACAGGCAGGGAAAAACCGUCCGGUUGAACAUCAACGCCAGAGAGAGGAGGAGGAUGCACGAUCUGAACGACGCUCUGGAUGAAUUAAGAGGGGUAAUCCCCUACGCCCACUCGCCCUCCGUCAGGAAGCUGUCCAAGAUAGCCACCCUCCUGCUGGCCAAGAACUACAUCCUGAUGCAGGCCAACGCGCUGGAGGAGAUGAAGCGCAUCAUCGGCUACCUGCAGGGGACGGCGGCGGGCGCCGUCGGCGCCGGCAUCGUCGCCCCGCCCGCCUUCGAUUUGCAGGGCUUCCCCGCCGCCGCCAAGUUCCUGCAGCAGCAGUCGCUGCAGCCCGACGGCGCGAGAGGGCGCGAGCAGGGCUCCGGCGGGCCCGGAGCGGCCGUUUAGGCAUCGCCGAAGAGAGGAAAUUAAACUGAAUUUAUUUUAAAUUUUGUAAUUCAAAGGGAGAUGUAGGGUGAGAUGAGGUUGAAUAUCUCCCUUUGAGGCAUUAAACUGAUCUAGUAAGGAUACGUUUUAGAUGGUUUAUGUAACAAAUAUGAGUCCUAAUUGUGCCAAACUAAUCGAUUAGGGAAUCUCUGAUGAACUUGUUAGGGAUUUAACCGUCGAUUGAAUUAAUUAGAAGCAAUAUAAUUAGCAAUACAAUUGUAAGUGUCGUACUCGAUUGCAGCUAGUCAAUUAGAUAUUAAGUAUAGGA